GUGUUCAUUAUGCACACAUUACAGUUUAGGGGUUCAGUUACUCGGAUCUCGAGUGGCGUCAUCUGCACACGUAUACACUGUACACUACGUAGUCAGGUGUUCAGUUUCCUACACAGGUCAGCCGUGUGUCUAGGAAGUACAAGUAAAAGGCUAGUGGUUUCUUUGCCUUGUUGUUGGCAAGUGAAACGGACAUACAUGUAGUCAGUGGUGAGAGAGAUUUGUUUCUGUGAAGAAGAAAACUUAAAACAACGUCUUGCAGUUUUAAAAGUGAAUCUAUGUUUAGGGCCUUAUUUGUGGAAAGUGUCUUGACAUUUUAUAAAGUGAAUUUAUUAUUUGAGGUCUUGAUGUAUACAAAGAAGAGCUAUUCAAGCGUUAUCCGUGUGUGAAUCAUCUCGGAAUAAAAAGGUUGUAAUGAAAUAGCGACUCGUCUAUGAAUGUGUGUUGGUAGAAGAGGACCCUGUUUGCGAAUUUAGUUUAAAGGGAAAGCUAAAAUGUCUUAGUUAAAAAUGGAUUUACAUACAUUUUUAUAUAGAAGAGUUUUCGUUUGUCUUUGAAGAGGAUUUAUUUUUCAAGUAACAUGCACUAAGAAGUGUAAUCUUCAUUGUGUGUAAAUCAAAUUGUAUUAAAAAGGUGCAGUUACGUGUACAGAAUAGCUGUAUAACAGGGUGCAGUUACGGAAUAGCUACUGUCGGAAUUUUAGUCAGUACGAAGUGUAAUAUGUGAAAGAAUUCUGUUUUAGGGGAAAACUACAACACAUUGGCUUUAGAAGUCAUUUGAAAGUGGAUUUAUAUUUAUAAAGUGUUUUUUUGUCAUGUUUGUGAAUUAACUUGGAAUGCGAGGCAUGGUUAUGAAAUGGUGACUGCUGUGUUUCAGGUCAAUAUUAAGGGCACUUAACUGAUUGUGCGUUUCACGUUCAUGGUGGGCCUUCUGUCAUGUGGCUAAACCUAUUGAUCUGUGUGUGAAUGUACGUGCAAUGGAACACACGGAUGAAUCCUCUCCAAGGCGAGAUGUUCAUGGUAAAAUUUCAGUCGAUCCAGAAGUUCGAUUCUCCAAGUUGGAGAGAAUAGGUAAAGGUUCUUUCGGAGAGGUGUUCAAAGGAAUAGACAAUGAAACGAAACAAGUGGUUGCAAUUAAAAUCAUUGACUUGGAAGAAGCGGAGGAUGAAAUUGAAGACAUUCAGCAAGAAAUCAUGGUGCUCUCGCAGUGCGAUAGUCCCUAUGUUACAAAGUACUUUGGUUCAUACCUCAAGGGUUCCAAGUUAUGGAUUAUCAUGGAGUUUUUGGGUGGUGGAUCUGCCCUAGAUUUAAUGAAGGCUGGUUCCUUCUGUGAAAAUGACAUUGCAAUUAUUCUUAGGGAAAUAUUAAAGGGCUUAGACUACCUUCAUUCAGAAAAGAAGUUACACAGAGAUAUAAAAGCUGCCAAUGUGUUGUUAUCAGAACAUGGCGAUGUUAAGUUAGCUGAUUUCGGAGUGGCUGGUCAGCUGACGGACACGAUUGGAAAACGGAACACAUUUGUGGGUACUCCUUUCUGGAUGGCUCCAGAAGUCAUUCGACAGUCGGCCUACGACACAAAGGCUGACAUUUGGAGUUUAGGUAUUACAGCCAUAGAGCUUGCUAAAGGAGAGCCGCCCAACUCGGACCUCCAUCCUAUGCGGGUAUUGUUCCUUAUUCCAAAAAACAACCCCCCUCAGUUGACGGGCCCGGGAUACAGCAAAUCAUUCAAGGAGUUUGUAGAGCUCUGUUUAAAUAAGGAUCCUAACAAUAGGCCCACAGCAAAGGAAUUGUUGCGGCAUCCUUUUAUUAAAAGAGCUAAGAAGACGGCCUACCUCAUGGAACUGAUAGACCGGUAUAAACGGUGGAAAGCUGAUCGACCUGAUGACAGUGACAGUGACGAAAGUGAUGGAUCCGACACAAACAGUGACGACGAUCACCACACAAUCAACUGGAUCAACACAAUAAAAGAAAUAGAUCGUCAGAAGAUCAUCAUGAAUGGCAAUGAUGAGAUAAAAGUUAGUCCUAUUGUUCCAAGGCGCCCAGCGCCGUCGAUUCCUAAGGAGACUGUGCAAGAGCCUCCACCAUAUGAUAGUGCCUACCAGAGCCCUCCGCGACCUCUCCCUAGAUCUCCGCCAACCAGUCCGGACGCCAUGGUCGGUAGACAAAACCAGGCUUAUUACAAUGGGCAAAACGUGUACACCGGUCAAAACACCAACACUGCUUAUAAUGCAUAUCACAGUCCGUAUCAUCAUGCAAACCCUGCUGUUCCCAGCAUGCUGCAUCAGAGAGAUGACUCGGAACCCCCACAGAUGGAAUAUCGUAGUGAUAGUCCUGAUAAAAUUGAUGAACAAAGCGAUUCAUACCCCGACCCUCCCCAAAAUCAAAAUUACAUCCUAGAAUCUGAGAUGAGUCCAAAAUCGCAUCACCUGCGUAGUCAUUCCGACCUCGAAGUUCCCCAACUCGUCACUCCGCCGCAGUACGAAUCCCCUGAUACGCGUCCCUUCAUCAGCAGGCCCAAAUCGCAGUAUGAUUUACCUGAUGUGGUCAAUGACCCCAUGCUGCAACAAGGUUUUCCCAGUGACCCAGCGGUACACGUACCGUUCCGCGAACCCCAAAAACGAAUACCCCCGGCCGUACCCUCAAAGCCCAGGGGCCAUCACAAUGACCCCCUACUUCAGCGGAACUAUACUAGCGACCCGUCAUUGCAGCAUGGAUAUCUCGGGUCUCCGCAAAAGGCCUACCAGUCUCAUCAAAAACCACAGGCUCCAGCUCCUCCUCGAAAAGAGCCUCGUCCGUCUGCGUGUCUGUCAUCAACCAUCAUGCCAACAUUGUCACAGUUAAAGGAUGAUUACAAGGAUGAGUACCGACGUAUCGGGCGCCCGGUCCAGAAGACAGAGGCGAUAGAGGAGCUGAAGAACGCGUUCGAUCUGGCCGAGAAGUCGUGUCCUGGUCUCGCCGAUGACCUUGUGUCCGGCAUCAUAUCCAGGCUAGGCAGUACCACGAACAUGACCGAGGGGGAGGUGCGGCGAGCCACAGACAAAAUAAAACAACCGUCCUAGUAAAAAAAAAAAAAGAAGAAACAAAGGAGCCAUUUGGGAAAAAAACACUUUGUACAUAAAGAGAUUGUUGAGACGGGCAUGGGAUAGAAUGUCGGCUGGUUUAUUGUGAUUCAGAUGCAAACUUCAUGUGAUGCAAAAAUAUAUAUACAUAUAUAUAAAACAAUUUAAUUAAGUGCUAUAAUCAUUCCUGUGGCGGUAAAUUGAGUAAACAAGUUUGAUACCGACCGACUUGCCGACAGCUGUGAGAAAUGCCAUGCUAAUAUUAAUGAUUUCAUACUAGCACAUGCCAUUCAGUUAUAACGGUGAUAAUGGUAAGAUUGGUCAUGAUGGUAAAAUUGGUCACCACUAUUUUUAAAAUUGGUCAUCACUGUUGUAGCGAUAACGGUAAGAUUGGUCAUGAUCGUAAAAUUGGUCGCCACUAUGUUUAAAAUUGGUCAUCAUCAUCGGGUUAUUCAAACACAGUUAAAUAACAGUGAUGAUGGAAUUGGUGUUAGGUUAUUUUAACACAGUUAUAACAGAAGAUAGCAUUGGUAAUCCUCCACUGGCAAAAUGCUGAGACAACGGGUCGAUUGUCACUGUCAUAAAAUUGGUUAUUACCGUUAGGUUAUUCUAACACAGGUAUACCUGUGAUAAAUAGGAUUGGUGUUAGGUUAUUUUAACAGUUAUAACAGAAGAUAGUAUUGGUAAGCUCCAUUGUGAAAAAAUGCUGAGACACCAUAUCGCCACAGUUAUAAAAUAGGUCAUCACCGUUAAGUUAUACUAGCACAUAUCAUUCAGUUAUAAUAGUAAUGAUAAAAUUGGUUAUCUUCCAUUGUGGCAAAAUGCUGAGACAAUUGGUUAUCACCUGGGGGUUAUGCCACGACAUACCAAUCGGUUAUAACAAGUAUCAUAUGAUUGGUAAUCUCAGUCAUGUUUUAGCAUUGAUAAGAUUGAUGGCCACUGCUAUAUAAAUGGUUAUCACUGUUAGUCAUGCCCUUUUGUUGUAACACUACUGAAAAAGACGGGUCAUUGGAGUAUGAUGCAUUAGUCUUCUGGCGAUAGAUUGUUCGCUGGAUUUUAAUGCUGACGAUAGAUUGGUGAAAGGGUUGUAGCACUGCCGAUAGAUUGGUCGUUGGAUUGUAAUGUUGACGAUAGAUCGGUGGUCAUUUGGUUGUAACAUUGACAAUAAAUUUCAUUGCAUUGUAAUGCUGACGAUAGAUUGGUCAUCGGAAUGUAGCACUGAUGAUAGACUGAUUAUUGAGUUGUAACACUGACGAUAGGUUGGUCAUAGGGUUGUAACACUGAUGAUAGGUUGGUCAUAGGGUUGUAACACUGAUGAUAGGUUGGUCAUAGGGUUGUAACACUGAUGAUAGGUUGGUCCAACACUAAUAAUAGAUUGUUCAUCUGGUUUUUAACACUGAGAUCAGAUGGUCAUCAUACUAACAAUAAAAUGAUCAUUCGGUUAUAACACUGAUGAUAUAAAACUGAUCAUAAGACUUUAAGAUGGAUGAUAAGAUAGGUCCUUGUGGUUACAACCGCUGAUAAGGUAGAUCAUUUUAUAACACAGACAGUAGGAUUGAUUAUCAACUAUCAAAUUAAAAAUUAAAUUGGUGACCUAGUUAUAAACUGACAAUAAAACUGGUCUUCAAGUUACAACACUGACAGCAAGAUAUUUCACCUGGUUAUAAGACUGACAAUGUGAUUGGUCAGCUGGUGAUAAAACUGACAGUAUGAUUGGUCAGCUGGUUAUAAAACUGACAGUAUUAUUGGUUAGUUGUUUAUAAAACUGAUGAUGUGAUUGGUCAGCUGGGUAUAAGACGGACAAUACGAUUGGUCUUUUAGUUAUAAUGCUGAUAAGAUUCUUCCAGUGUUUCCAUGAUGACAUCUAGAUAAAUUUUUAAAAACUACAAUAUUACAAGAUGGACAUCUUCCAGUGCAAACGUGUAUGAAAUGUUCUUCAAAGAUGAACACUUCAUCAACAAAUUAUCAUUUUUGUUUUCUUUAAUUACCAUGAGCUAUAUUUUCUUUUUGCUUACUUAAUUACAUAAUGGUGUUUUCCCCUUUCAUUGUAAUGUAAUGGUUAAUGUUGACAAUCAUGUUCCAUACAAUGUUUGACUUGCUUAGACUGUUCACCUCCUUUGCACAGUAGUUAAAAAAAACGAUAGUUCCUUAAUCAUAGCUGCUAUGUUAAAAAAAAAUUCACCACACACCAUUAUUACUUUAAUUUCUGUAGCAUUCCUAGUUUUUAAAAAUGGACAUCAAUUAAAUUCUCUUUCUAAUUAUUUAAUUAAAUAGUCCUUUCCUGAUUAGUUGUUAGGUCCAUGGGAUAAAUGGACAUCUCUUGCAUUCUGAGCACAAUAUUGUAGGAGAACCAUCAUAUUCCCAUGUAAGCUAAAUCAAGCCAGAUUUUAAAAAGAUUUUUGGAUUUUAAUGCUACCCAAAAAGUUUUGUACCGUGUCCAGUAAUCACCUUUUCUUUUCAAGACCCAUAUUUUCUAAAUUUGUUGUUUGGACUUGACAUCUGAUGCUUUUCAAAUCUAUUUAAACAAGUUUAUUAUGACUGUGCCACCUUAUUUAAGGAAUUAUGGUAAAAGCUUUUUUCUUUUCAAUUUGAUUUAUCAGUGGUUUUUAAUAUAUAACAGGAAAUAGGGAAGUCUCUUUUCUUUUUUGUUCUCUUUUUUUUGACUUCCUUAAGACUGGUCCUGUCUAUGAGAAGGGCAUAUAAAAGAUCCUUGCUCCUUGGCUGGUUUAUCAGUAGCUAUAACUCAAGGCAGCAGUGGAUUUUCUGACUGGAUCUCUCUCUCUCUCUCUCUCUCUCUCUCUCUCUCUCUCUCUCUCUCAAAUGUCACAAAUAACUAUAAAUUGCAUACUAAAUAACUGGUUAGGUGUCAUUAAAUUAACAUUCUUUUGCAUUAUUUUCUUUUUCUUAAGACUUGUAGUACUUGGCUAAAAUGUCAUAGUACACUUGAAUUGGAAUGAAAUAAACUUAGUGCUGUUUGCAUCAUAAGAAUGCAUCCUUAACUCUUAAUCCGUUUGAGAAAACAUGGUUUUACUUAGCUUCCAUUUUCCACAAGUUUGACCAAUCACAUUUUAUGAUAUUGACGGGUUUUCCUGACGUAGGGCAUUACCAUGCUUUGAAGUUAUUGACAGUGUAUAGUUCUGAAAUGAACCUACUUCCCACAGUAAAGUCGCAUACUUGAUAUGCUUGAAGUACCGUAUAUCUUCGCCUGUAAGUCGAAAUAAGGAUUUAAAUGUCUGUAUGUAACUACAUUAUGAAAAUCACUUUACCUGUAAUUCUUAUUUAAAGUCUUGUUUUCUUAGUUUGUUGUAAAUAGAAUAUUGCUGUCAGUUAAUAUGGAAAUUAAUUUUUAUAUUUGUCAUGGCACGAGUCAUAUAAAAAACCAUUACUGACUUCAUUUAAUAAUCAUUCAUUUUAGCGCACACAUUAUAUGUAGAAAGCUGCAGUGAAACAUAAGAGAUUUAGUCAUCAUAUUAUUGUUCUUGGUGUGUUUUAUAAAUGUUUUGUGCUUCUUUUGUAAUAAAACAACUAUGAUUUUACAUCAUUCCAGACUAGACAGCAACUUGAUUGGCUUGUCCCCUGGAGUUCAAGCCAAUCAGAUUUCAAGAAGUGCCCCUUAUAAGGAAUCUGAUUGGCUUGAACUCCAGCGGACAAGCCAAUCAGAUUCCUUGUACCAUGAGAACUGACAAUACACAUGGUUACUUCAUCAAACACCUAAGCAUGCUUGCUUUGGUCUCUCCCUUGAAUUACUUAGAUCAAAGGUCAUUGUAUGUGCUGUCCUGUUUGUUGGAAAGUACUUAUCACAGACACCCUUGCUACUGUCUUCAGCAACAGCAUCAUAUAUAGCCAGCACCAGUGUCGGUAUCUUGUGUAGAAAUAAUAACUCUGAAUAGCCAUUGUUUAAAAUUAAAAUUAAACAAAUAUGUCUGUCCUUUCCUAGGUAUCGGAAGUGGGGGAGGGGAGGCAAGGGGCACUGCUAUCCCAUCUCUGAAGAUGGUGAUUUUUAAAUUAUUAUUUCUGUGGAUUUUGCAUAGGAAUUUUGACAGAAUUUGCAUAUGUUAAAAAUCAAAUUAAUGAAUAUAAGGGGCACUACCUCCCCAACACCCCUUCCCUUCUGCCUGCUGCUGGUGAUCUUUUGUUAUCUUUUAUUUUCUCAUGCAGGUCUUCUAUGUAUGUCAGUAGUACUUGGAGCUAUUUCAGAAGUUUUAACACUGUAAUGUAACAUUUUAUUAAGUACCAUUACUGGCAUAAUAAAUAAAAUAUUAAACAAGGCCAUUUUUUAUUUAUAAAAGAACAAGAUUUAUCAAAACCAAUCCCAUGUGAUAAUUUCUGUAAUAGCUCUUAGUGUUAUGUUACAAGGAUGCUCAUUCGUUGUCUGCAUCAUGUGAUAUGAGCUUGGCCAAUGAAAUACAAGGUCUCGUACACAGUCCGGUCUAAUAAGAGAUUUCAACAAAUGGAACAUGAGAAAGUAACUUCUUGUAUGGGGUUAUUGUUUAAUGUGGGUUAUUUGUAGCUAAAGUAGUUUACAUCUUACAAGUAUCUUGAGACAUUGGUUUUUCAACAAAUUCUCACAAGUUUUAUAGUUUGUAUAAUGAAUAUUAUGAAUUGUUGACAUUCUGAAAGCAUUUAUUGAUUUUUAUUAGAACAUGUUUUUAUGAUGUCACAGUGUAUGAAGUGAAAGUCGAUUACAUACACACAGUAAACAUAUCAUGCAUCGUAAAUCCUGGAAUGAAAGCUAGAUGUUCUCCCCUCCGCCCCCUAAAAAAAACAAAAACAAACAAAAACAAACAAAAACAAACAAACAAACAACUAUGGAAUGUAACCAUUGUUCAACACCUUUAUGUUUAAAAGUAGUGUGUAUUAAAAAAACCUUUCCAUAUCUUGAUAAGAUGGUAUGCCCAACCUCCACCAGGCCUCUGUUUAAAGAUUUACCGUAUUUCAGAUGUCAUGUACCAGUAUAUGUAUAUAUAUAUAUAUAUAUAUAUAUAUAUAUAUAUAUAUAUAUAUAUAUACAUACAUAUAUAUAUAAUGCAUUGUAUGUAUUUUACGCUAGAUUUUUUGUUUGUGCAUGAAUGAGUGACCAGUGUGUUUACAAUGAAGAAGAAGAAAAAAUUAUAUAUAUAUAUUAUGAUGUUGAUAGUUACAAGUUUGUACAUGUGUAUGUUUUAUAAAGUUUCUGUCAUUUGGGGGAAAUGCUCUUAUUGUGGUAUUUUUCUCUCACACGCACGCACACACGCACACACACACACACUCACAUGCACGCACGCACGCACACACGCACACACACACACAAACACACACACAGACACACACAGACACACACACACACACACACACACACACACACACACACACACACACACACACAGACACACACACACGCACACACAAACACGCACACACACACACACACACACACACACACACACAAACAACAACAAACAUUAAUGUAUAUAGAGAAGUUGAUUUGUAUAUAGGAUGAACUGUAUAUUAUAGAUAAUUACCCAGAGUUGUACAUUUGUAGGUCUAUUGAAACUAUUCAUUUCGCUGGGAUGUCCAUUUGGGUUGUGUAUGUAUUAACUUCCUUAUUGUUGAAGCAAAGCAAAAAUUCUUAAAAGACUGAGUAGUGGAUGCUUGUAAAAUGUAUAAUGGUGAAAUGCUAUUCGGCACUGUGUGGCAUAGAGAAAGGCUGUGUUGUUUGAUGUGUUAGAUUCACAACACAUCUUACCCUAUUAUUAGGUGUGUUGCAAGUUUCCCACAUGGAGCUUGCAUAUGUUAAUUUAAUAAUUAUUUAAUUUAAUUCAAUGUCCAGCCUAAUAUAAGGAUGUGAUUUCUGCUUUUUUCUGCUUUUUUUGCAUAAAAUCAUUUUCCAAAAAUGGACUAAAAUUAAUCUGAAUACUGAAAAAUUAUUUAUCUAUCAGUAUGUUGGAAAGUUUUUAGCGUUUCAGAGAUCCUUUCAAAAUUUGUUUUUAAAUGCAUAUUGCAUCCUUGCUAGUAGGCUGGGAUCAGUGGUUCGUAGUUUAUUUGCACUCAUAGCUUAUUUGCCUAUAUAUAUAUAUAUAUGUACUAGUAGUUGUCAUUUUAAUCCUAUUGUUUGUAGUUAUCAAGUUACAUUGCUUCAACCAUAAGGGCUUAAUACUUUGUACUUUUGUGCAAAUGAAAAAUAAACAUUGUGGAAUGUAACUGUACAACAAGUGGUGCAGUGUUCAGCCAGAAUGUGAAAUUGUUCUAACUGUAGUCUUGUACUGUUACUGUACUGUAGUGUGUACAAACUGUAUACUGUAUUUCCUCUAUAUGCACCCAACAUUUAUUCGUUUCAGUGGGUGGGAGGGACGUAGAUCAGUGAAAAAGCAUUCAUUAGAUGCACGGUUAGUUUGAGAUCAAGUCCCAUCGGGGUGGGCCCAUUGGGUUAUUUCUUGUUCCAGCCAGUGCACCACAACUGGUAUAUUAAAGGUUGUGAUAUGUGCUAUCCUGUCUGGGAUGGUGCAUAUAAAAGAUCCCUUGCUACUAAUGACAGAAUGUAGUGGGUUUCCUCUAAGACUGUCAAAAUUACCCAAUGUUUGACAUCCAAUAGCUGAUGAUUAAUAAAUCAAUUUGCUCUAGUGGUGUCAUUAAACAAAAACAAACUUUAAACUAUCAUUGCCAACAUGUGAAGCUGUAAAUGUGCUAUUCACCAAACGGACUACAACAAUGUCAUCCUUGAAUUCUGUGUCUUAGUCAUCAAUUGUCAGUUGUCUUACCUGACAUUUAUUGGAACCCAGCGUUUAUUUCUUUCAAAAUGGUUACAAACCAGAGCCUCAUUCCACAAAGCUAUCUUAGCACUAAGAUUGCUGUAACUGCACAAGGUAGAUGUAUAAGUACGGUGAUCUUAGCACCAAGAUCGCUUAGUGGAACAGGGCCCUAGUGCUUAUUGGAGGCCCAGUGUGUAUACAAGAGGAAAUAUGGUAGUCUGUGCAACCAAAUUGUACUGUGUUAUACAGCCAGAUUAUGUGAGAUUUUACACUCUUGUUGUACAGUGUAAUACAGCUAGAAUGUGUGAGAUUUUACACUCUUGUUGUACUGUGUUAUACAGCCAGAUUGUGAGAUUUUACACUCUUGUUGUACAGUGUUAUACAGCCAGAUUGUGAGAUUUUACACUCUUGUUGUACAGUGUUAUACAGCCAGAUUAUGUGAGAUUUUACACUCUUGUUGUACAGUGUAAUACAGCCAGAAUGUGUGAGAUUUUACACUCUUGUUGUACAGUGUAAUACAGCUAGAAUGUGAGAUUUUACACUCUUAUUGUACACUGUGAUACAACCAGAUUUUACAAUGUUGUACAAUUAGAAGGCAUGGGAUUUGACAGUGUGGUUGUACUCUUGGAUAUAACCGGAUUGUACAACUAACAUAUAUGGGAUUUUACAAUCUGUUGUACACAUUGAUAUAACCAGAGUAUACAAUGUUGCUUUACCCAAUGUAUGAGAUCUUACAAUCUGGUUGUGCACGUGGAAUAUAACUGGAUUAAACAGUGUGCUACAACUACAAUGUAUGGGAUUUUACAGUUGGGUUACAGUUAAAUAUAAAUGAACUGUAAUUUUGUACAACUUGAGAGUAUAGGCUUGCAAAGUUGAUUGUAUUAUAUAUAACUAUUGUACAAAACUUAUUAGUCUUGGACAAUCCAUUUUGCAUUUCCGUAAUAAUCAUGUUAACAUAUCAUUUGCAAAUUCAUCUAUUAUUAUAAUAUAUAUAUAUCCCAUCUUAUAAUGUUGGGUGUAAGUAUGGAUUAAAUAAAAACAGAUCGUACUAUUGUUUUCUAUUGAAAAGUAAUAUUUUAUUUUUGUAUUCACAUGACAUCAGGUGGUCUGUGUGUAUAGACAAUGGUGUUGUUAUUGUGUGUGGUCACCCUGGCCUUUUAAACAUAACACAAGUGGCAGUGGAGUAGGGAGAAUCAUCUACCGACAGCAAGUGUUAAAAACAAUUCAUCUCAGGAAUGUUUUGUACUGUAGUUGUGCAUAUUUCAAAAUAGUUAAAACUUGCGUAAUUUGUGGUAAUAUUUAAUCGGAUUAUUUAAAGUAUAUUAGGACAUUAAUUGAUGAUUAUUUUUUAAACAUCAAAAAUUAAUGAGUAUUUUCUGUGGAAAUAAUAUUUAAUAAGAUUAUUUAAAGUGUAUAUAUGGUCAUAAAAUUAUUGCAAAAAAAAAAAAAAAAAAAAAAAAAAAAAAAUUGAAAUUCUUGUUUUUUGUAUUCUAUAAAAGUGUAAUUUGACUUGUACGGUUUUGACCGAAGCCAACAUUAAAUUUGUGCAACUCUUGUAGAAAAUAUAAUUGAUGUAUAAAACUAUGUGUAAAGAAUUUGUUGCAAAAUAGUUGGCAGAAGUUAAAAAGAUUACUGUAGCAGAAAAUGUGUGCAACGUUUGCUGAAAUAACUCAUUGACAGAACUUGCUGUACACUUGGAUCGAGUAAAAGUGCAAGGGUUACUUAUCUAUCAGGUGCACAAGUAAAUGGCACACCCUAACUAGCAUUAGAUCCCUCUGUGAGUUGGUCCGUUCUAAUGUGCUUUUGUAGGGGUGAUCGGUCUGUCUCGGACUGCCUAUGUCUUACGAUUGUAUUCACCCUUUCACAAGUCUCAGUAUUUUACACGCUUCUAGGUUCCCACUCUCAACUUUGAACUGUAAUCCUUCUAACCAGUUAUUAUUAAUCCAGUACACAUCUUUGUAAACUUAAAUAUCUAAUAAAUCUAUAAAUUCAGA